CUGGGGAAGCCUAAGGUAAGAAGAGAAUUCCCUGGGGAGCAGCUACCACGAAGGGCGUUAUCCCAGCUACAGGAUCAGAGUAUCAGGAGGAUGCUGUUUAAGAAAGGAAGGCUGCUGAUGUUCCUGGGUUCCCAGGUGAUAGUUGUAGCUCUCUUCCUCUGUAUGUCCGGCCAUAGACACUUGUUCCAGAGGGAAGAGCCCAGGAGGCCUGUGCAUGUGCUCAUCCUGUCUUCCUGGCGGUCGGGAUCCUCUUUUGUGGGACAGCUUUUCGGGCAGCACCCGGAUGUGUUCUACCUGAUGGAGCCUGCCUGGCACGUGUGGAUGACUUUCACCGGCAGCACGGCCUGGAAGCUGCACAUGGCGGUGCGGGAUCUUCUGCGCUCCGUCUUCCUGUGUGACAUGAGCGUCUUUGAUGCCUACAUGAACCCAGGGCCCCGAAAACAGUCCAGCCUCUUCCAAUGGGAGCAAAGCCGGGCCCUGUGCUCAUCGCCUGUUUGUGACUUCUUCUCUGCUGACCAGAUCAGCUCGCCCAAGAAGUGCAAACUGCUCUGCAGUCAUCAGCCUUUUGAUAUGGUGGAGAAGGCCUGCCACUCUCAUAGCUAUGUGGCACUCAAGGAGGUGCGUUUCCUCAGCCUGCAGGCCCUCUACCCACUGCUCACAGACCCUUCCCUCAAUUUGCAUGUCGUGCACCUGGUCCGAGACCCCCGGGCUGUGUUCCGAUCCCGAGAACACACCACAACAGAACUUAUGAUUGACAGUCAUAUUAUGAUAGGGAAGGAUUUGAAAACGAUCAGGGAGGAAGACCAGCCCUAUUAUGCCAUGAAGAUCAUCUGCAAAAGCCAGGUGGACAUAGUCAAGGCCAUCCAAACCCUACCUGAAGCUCUGCAGCAGCGCUACCUGUUCCUGAGGUACGAGGACCUGGUUCGGGAACCUGUGGCCCAGACUUCCAGACUAUAUAAAUUCGUGGGGUUGAAUUUUUUGCCUCAUCUCCAAACCUGGGUUCACAACGUCACCCGUGGCAAGGGCAUGGGUCAGCAUGCCUUCCAUACUAACGCCAGGAACGCCCUCAAUGUCUCUCAGGCAUGGCGUUGGUCCUUACCGUAUGAAAAGGUUUCUCAACUUCAAGAUGCCUGUGGUGAGGCUAUGAAUUUAAUGGGAUACCUUCAAGUCGGAUCCCAACAAGAGCAAGCUAACCUGUCCCUGGAUCUUCUGUCUUCCUCCCGUAUCUUGGGGCAGGUCUUCCGAGAAGGUUAAGGAGGUCUGUCUGCACCCCUUGGUUCCAGCCUCAGUCACCAUUAAACGCACAGAAGCCUUAAGGAAUGAACAAACUGAGCACCCGAUUCUCCACAGCCCCAAGCAGAGGUGUCUUUGUGUCUACCCUACAGCUGAGCCUAAAAAGCCAAGAAACAAUAUCUUUCUAUCUUGAAAAAAACUUAGGAAUCAUAAGCAGCCCCUUGGGUCCGUCAAGCAAGACUACCACCUUUCUUGUCUCUUUGGCCGUCCUACCUGUGGAUACCUUGGAGAUUAAGGUCUGGAAGCCUAUUGGACACAGCAAGCAGCAUCCGUGGAGCAAGGCUAUAAACCUCCUUGUCCACAUCUUCUGGAUGAGAAAGGGGAUAAUAAAAACCCAGAAAAUGGGGCUCUCACCAAAGAGCUCCCAGCAACUUCCACAGAGACAAGGACCCUCAAAGUUUCCAUAGAAUUCUAGGAAGCAGAAACAGGGGCGGGCGCUUAUCUGUGAGUCUACCCAUUGCACUAUCAGUAAUCAGAAACAGGAAGCAAAGUUCCUGCAGAGCAGGGCCAGAGUUCAAGUUCAAGGUGUGUCUGGUAUAGACAGCAUCUCUCUUCAGUGUUUUCCUGGCAUAUGGGACUCUGACCUGUGGAAAUAUGAAUAUCUGCCCACCAGUAAUAUGAAAAUUAUACCCUCAGCUUCUGUUUUGACUUCCCCAUGUUUGUUUUCUAACUACUGAUCGCCGAUGCUCAUUCUCAGGGGGUUCUAACAUCGGACAUAAUCAUCUUUGCAGAACUUUUUAUUAUCUUUUACUAUUAUCUAACACAGUUAUAAAUACCGCUCCCCCUUUUGGAGUCAGAUGAUAAGCUGAGUCGCAGUUGUCUUCAGAGUUGACGGAAGGCAGGUAUUAGCGACUUGCCUGCAAAUAGAACGCCAUUACAGAAAGCCACUUUGGGGAGACCAGGUUUAUUCUGGCUUAUAAUCCUAGCCAGGUUACAGUCCAUCGCAGCGGGAAAGGCACGGAAGCAGUGUGAAGCUGGCAUGUCACAUUUCACCCACGCUCGGGAAGCAGAGAGACAGAACAGGAAGUGGGGUCAGACUGUAAAUCUAAAACCCACCCCCCAGUGACAUACUUCUCCAGCGAAGCCCCACCUUCUGAAAGUUCCAUAACUUUUCCAAACACCACCACCGACUGGGACAAGGUGUUGAAAUGCAGGCGCCUGUGUGGGAUGUUGUACAUUCAGUC